UAUUUUUAGGCCGGGCUGUAUUGCCGUGGAAGCUUCGGCUCCCCCCCCCGGCAGUGCUGUCCCGCAUCGCUGUCUCGCUCUGGCCUUGGCGAGCAUCUGGUAUAUCUUGCGCCGGCACCGCUUCGUCCUUCUGCCGGCCGAAAACCAACUGCCAAAGUGCCGGCCCGGUCUCGUUCUGCGUGUCCGCCUGCCUGUCGCCGAGACCUCGUUCUCUUAUUCUGCUGCCCCAUUGCUGGCUGAAAGGGCCUGCAGCCUGUUCGCCGACCCGCCUGCCUCCCUCCGCCGCCACCAUGACCAACGAUACCACGGAACCGCUCGAUGCAAAGCCCGCUAAGAAAACCCGAAGCAAGAGAGCUUGCGACGGAUGCCGUGCCAAACGAAACCGAUGCAGCGGGGGCCACCCGUGCGACACAUGCCGGAAUCUCGGCAUGCCCUGCACGUACUUUACCCCCCAGCGCAAACGAGGCCCGCAGCGCCGUGGCGAACCCGGCAGCUAUCUCGCCCAGUCCGGACUCCCGUUCCCAUCCACACACAUGAGCCAGCCCUCGUACGCCCCAAUAGGCGACUUGGCCAACCUGACCAACUCGUACGCCUCCGUCUCGUCGCCAGAGUCCGACGGUGGGGCCGACGGACAACGGAACUCCUCGUCGUCCAGCGACAGCCCGUUGACUUCCGAGACCGUCCAACAAAACGUUUGCUCGAUCCACAACCUGAACGACAACUCCACCAUCUACUAUGGCCCGACGGCCAUCGGCGGGGCUGUUGCUUCGACCUGGCUGCCUCGGGGUCCGCUGGGCAUCGUCGAUAUCUCGGUCCGAUGCCGCACCCGACUCUUCUCGCAUCUGCCCCAUGCCGAGUCACUCCCCUUUGAUCGAGCUACAACCCAGCAGGCCCUGGAUGUAUAUUUUCAGUACAUUGCCCCGUCCCUGGACAUGAUUGACCAGGCACGAUUCUAUGAAGAGUUUGAAAAGGAUACGCACUCCGAGCCCUUCUCGCUCUUGGUCUGGACCAUGUGCCUCUAUGUGAUUCUCGAGCCAAAUCUGUAUCAUGAGGCCGGCGUGGUCGACAUCGCCGGUGCCCGACUCAGACUGAUGGACCACUGCUUCACCGAGAUCAGCAAGCUGUACCAUCACCCCAACUUCCGUGUUCUGCAGUGCCUGGUGCUGAUGACUGCCAUUAGCUUCCAUAGCGGCAACCUCAUGUCUCUCAAAUCCAGGUUCUACACGGAUCUCGCCUGGACCAUCAUUGUUGAGCUUGGGCUCCACCUCAACAUUGACCAGGUGCGCAACCCGCCGCCGAGCACCGCCGAGAAGCGAGAGCACCGUGCCACAUUCUUUGUGCUCUACAUCCUGGACCGCUUCAAGCAGCUGGUAUGCGGCCGGCCCUCUGUGAUCCAUGACGAAGCAUGGGAUGUAUCCUUCCUGGACGAGGUGUACGACGAGACAUACACCGACUUGACCAUCUACGUGCGCCUCUCACGCAUCGGCGGCCGCCUGACCAACAUGCUGGUGAGCCCAAACUACAGCCCCAGCCAGCGCAAGAAGCUCUCCUUUGAGAUCGCUCAGGAUUUGCAAAAGUGGCUGUCAAGCCUGCCGGCGCAGUAUCGCCACCCAAACUCGUACAAAGUCUUCAACCUGUCGCAUCAUCUGCACGCCUACUACCACACCCUCAACAUCCUGGCCCAGAAGGUCAUGUCGCCCCGACCCAACUUCAGCGCCAUCGACAGCGCUCAAAAGAUCGUCACUUGUCUCAAGUACCUUCCGCGGCUCAAAAACACGGACUGCACCGAAGCACCCGGCGGACAGCGGACGGCCGAAGACAUGUACCGACAGUCCUACUUCCAGAUACCGGGGUUCGCCCACUUUUCGAUGACUGCCGGCACUGUACUGCUGGAGCUCAUCAUGGACUCGCCUAACCAGCUGUCUGUCCUCACCGCACUGAACGAAAUCGUGCUGACCAUGGAGAGCUUGGGGACGGCGCUGUCGUACUGCCUCCGAGGCGCCAUCUACCAGUUCAUCCAGUGGAACUCGAUCUAUCUCAAGAGCCUGGAGGCGACAGCGGCUGAACGCAGCCCCGGUGUGCAUGCUGAUUCAUCCGAAAUCUCGCCGACAGCUCUGCCGAUAACGACAGCGACAGCGUCGAUCGGCUUGACCAUCCCAACGGCAUCAACCUCCACACUCACCCUCGCGGAUCUGCAGCCGCCAGCGUCCGCUCAGCAGACCGCGCAUGUCCAGGCGAUACCGCUGAUGGCCGCUGCCACGAUGCUGGGACAUACCCCAAUGACGACCGCGGGCACGAUGCCGGCUGCUCCGUCAAUGCUGGCAGUCCCACCGGACCAGCCCAUCGGCACCACGAUCGACCCGGAGCUGUUCAACAUCGUAAACUCAUACAACCUGUACGAAGCGCACAGCCGCAUAUCUAUUGCCGGAGCGAUCUCAGCGUCGUUUCAAUCCCCCACGGUGCCAACUCCGUCAGCGCAAUCCUACUACAAUGGAUGGCCGCUCUUUCCGCCGGCCGAACCGCAGUCGAUCUUGGAGGCAACGCACAUCGGCAGCGUUCCAGCCGCCCCUGUGGUUGGCCACACUCCUUUCAACAGACGGACCGAGGCAUUUGUGCCCCAGCUCGGCAUCGGGGUCAACAUUCCGAUGGCCGGCACCCUCAUCGGCGAUGGCUCGCAAGGCGCCAUCGCUCUGCCAAAGACCUUUUCGUCAAUCGACGUGGAUAUGCACCAAGCACAGCUGACCGGAGGGCAUCUGACAGCGGCGUCUCAGCUCCGGGGCAUCGCCGAGACAAACAUCCAAGCGUACGGCUUUCGCUCUGGGGCCCAAGGCCACCCUGCCCCCACCACUGCUGCACAUCUGCAUCCUGGUGCCUAUAUGGCCCUCACGAACGAAGACUGGGCAUCUGCCGGUGUGCACUAUUCCCAUCUUGCUCCCUGAUAGCUGGAUCGAUGCUCCUCCCUCCUCUCCUCCUGCUCUCCCCUCUCCCCUAAUACUGAGCAGCCUCGAUCUGGAAGCAAAGGGCUGCCGUCGUUGUAAAUAACACUACUGAUAUUAGA